CUAUUUGACAUUCCAACACGAUUGCAGUGUGAAAAAGUAGAGUAAAAUUUUUCGAAUAUAGAAAUAUGUCAAAUAAUUAAGAACUUGCCAAAGAAAAUAUCUGGCUACUAUAAUUAUUUAUUCUUAUUUAUGCUAUUUCAAACUUGUAAUGAUCUGCGCACUUCCCCUUUUCCCAGCAAAACUUUUUUUUUGUAUAAUAAAUUAAAUACCGAUUAACAAAUAACUAGUAUUAUCCUUAUUAUAAUAAUAAUUAUUAUUGGUAUUGUAAUUGUGAUAGGGGUUGCAGAUGGGUGAGAAGAGGGGUUCUUCGUCAGUGAAGAAGGCGGGGCUGUUGGCGUGGGUGAGGAAUCGGUCGGCGAAGGUGAAGAUUUUGUUGGGGGUGGCGGCGGCGUUGGCGGCUCUGGUGGCUCUCAGGCUCGCCGUCAAGGACCGGAACCACUUCUUCGUCGCCGCAGAAGCCAUCCACUUCGCCGGAAUAUUGGUCUUGAUUUACAAACUUAUCCGCAAGAAGACCUGCUCUGGGUUGUCCCUCAAGUCUCAGGAGCUCACAGCUCUAUUUUUAGGUAUAAGAUUGUACCUCAGCUUUAUUAUGGAAGCUGACAUACACACCAUGCUAGAUUUCGUCACACUUGUCUCAACUUUGUGGGUUAUAUACAUGAUAAGAUUUAAGUUGAAGUAUACGUACAUGGCGGAGCUAGACAAAACACCCAUAUCCUACAUAAUUGCGCCUUCAGCAGUUUUAGCUGUGUUUGUCCAUCCAUACACUGUUAUUAAUUUUAAAAUCCAUAGAAUGGCAUGGGCAUUUUGUGUGUACUUGGAAUCUGUCACGGUGCUGCCCCAGCUUCGCAUGAUGCAAAAAGCUAAGCUUAUUGAACCGUUUACAGCCCAUUAUGUGUUUGCUUUGGGUGUGGCAAGAUUUCUUGAAUGUGCUCAUUGGAUCAUUCAGAUAUACGAGUCUGGUGGGAGUUACUUGUAUUUAGUCGGAAGUGGAUACCUUUGGGUACCCGCUAUAUAUGUAGCAGAAAUGGUUCAAACGUUCAUUUUGGCAGAUUUUUGCUAUUAUUAUGUCAAAAGUGUUGUAAGCGGAAAACUUCUCGUCACCCUCCAAUCACCAGUCUAAGAUUGUACGUGAUAAUAUCUUAGAGUUAUAUAUGUUGGCAAUUGUAACGUUUGUUCAUGUUCUAUUUAUACAUGAUUAUUCAAUAUAGUUUGUGUUUCUUUUGGGUGUAGCAAAAACAUGUACCUGGUUUUAUUGAAAUGGAAUAUGAUAGAUAUUCUUACAUAAAAUAACACACAACAAACAAAACUGGUAAGCAUUGUUGCAAUUCUCCAAGGGAAAGUUUCGUGUGAAUUGUAUGUUUAACCUCUUAUGGUUAUGGAAAUUGGGG